AUGUCGAUGUUGGGUUUCCGCGCGAUGCGCACAGCGUCGUUGCGCAUCGCGACGCCAGUGCCAUCGGCUCUUCUUACACCACACACCACACGUCCUUCACUUGCAGCCUGGCAAGCAUCGGCGCUCCCCACGUUUACGUUUGGUGGUGCGAUCCAAACUCGUAACUCGGCGAAGCGCGGUGGUGGUACGACGAAGAACAACCGCAACAGUGCAGGUCGUCGUCUCGGUGUAAAGAAGCCCGGCUCCACCACUGUCAAUGCCGGUAACAUUAUCGUGCGGCAGCGCGGCACGUCCUGGCAUGCUGGCGAGCAUGUGCGUAUGGGCCGCGACCACACGCUCUAUGCGACAGUGCCAGGCUUUGUGCGUUUCUACAAGCCUCAGAAGCACACGACGGCCAAGUCGCCUGUCCCGCCGAUGGGAACCCUGCCUCUGCGUCUGCCGCAGCGCAAAGUCAUUGAGGCGCACGCGCCUGAAGCCGUGCGGCCUCACCCGUCGUCAGCCAAGCGUGAGCGUCGGUAUGUCGGCGUCGUGCUGCAUCGCGACGAGCAACUGCCACGCCCGGCCGGCUCGCCACGCUCGCGGCUGUUUGAUAAGGUCGAUCUGAACGCGCUGGAGCGUGAGAAGGAUCUGUUGCGACGUGGCCUGGAACCCCUCGCGAUGGACCCAUCCUUGACCGCUGACGCUUAA